GGCAGCGCUCCGCCAUAUUGACUGUUGUCUUGACUGGAGAAGAUAGGGUGACCAUUUGUGAUCCAAGAACAAAUCGAAACCGUGCUUUUUAACAUCUCUAAACUAGUGCUACCUUGACCAAAGGAUAUAUCCGAGAUCUGCGUGAUGGCGAGGAAGAAAAGCAAACAACAUGGAGUCGCGAGCAAGGAGCUGGUGUCCGGACAACAGAGCAUAUCGAAGAGCCCCGUCUCUCCCGGAGAUGCAGCUGGCGGGGAUGCAGGGCUGGAUAGACUGGCGGCCAGGGCGAACCAGCCAAUGCACACCUGCUGCCUCCUGUGUCACCGUGAGUUUAAGGACUGGGGGGCGAGCUCAGCCAACGGUCUGUCUGGGGGCCACGGGGCGAAGCUAGCUGACGCUGUCCCAGCCCUGUCCCAGGCCCUGCUCAGAGAGGUGCCGGGCCAGAAGCUGUCCGACACCGUGCCUUCGCUAAGCCAGUCUCUACUGGGAGAGGUGCCACUCUGGAUCUGCCAGAGCUGUCGGAAGAGCGUUGAGGAGGAGGAGAGACGGAGCGCACAAGAAACGGCUGCACCGGUUCCGUUGUCGCACUCUUCAUCGUGUAGGGCUCAGAGCUGUAGUGAAGGUUACCCAGAGCAGAGCUCGGUAGACUGGGACCCAUCCUCCUUCCUCUCAGCCCACAAGCUUUCUGGUCUCUGGAACUCGGCUCACAGCAACGGAGGGAUCCACUGCAACCACAGCACUGCCUCGCACGCACAGCAAGGAACAGGGGGACCAGCGUGUCAUGAGAAGCGAGUCUCUCACGAGGCUCCUGGAAAAUCUGCUAAAACGCCUGGGGCCAAAGUGUGCCCCUACAGUCACCCUUCCCAGAAUUCCAGUGGUUCUUCCCCCGGGAACCCGCUCUCUACCUCCGGGGACCUCUGUAAGACCACCCCAAAGCACUUCAAGACCAUGUGCCGACGACCAACACCGCCUGGGGAAGCAUUCCACCCCAGCGACCACCACCAACACUCAGACAUAUCUGUCCCCCCCAACAGCCCCACUGGCCUCUCCUCCUCCUCUCAGCAUUCCUCUCUCCUGCCCCUCAAGCAGAGCUCCGGAGGGCAGCAGCACGGCCAUGUCACAUCCUCCUCUCCCGGUCUAGCUGCUCACGCCCCCUUCUCCCCGCUGGUACCAAACCUCCACGUCCCCGCGGCAGGGGCCAAGCUGGGGUCCCUGGGUGGCCCUGACUGCUCAGCAGGGGCCAAGCUGGGGGCCCUGGGUGGCCCUGACUGCCCAGCAGGGGCCAAGCUGGGGGCCCUGGGUGGCCCUGACUGCCCAGCAGGGGCCAAGCUGGGGGCCCUGGGUGGCCCUGACUGCUCAGCAGGGGCCAAGCUGGGGGCCCUGGGUGGCCCUGACUGCCCAACAGGGGCCAAGCUGGGGGCCCUGAGUGGCCCUGACUGCUCAGCAGCGGCCCUCCAUAAGCCCUUGGCAUGUAAGAACUCACACAUUCCUCCUGUGAACGGCCAGCACAGCAAACUGGGCCCCUCCCUGAUGGGCUGUAACCACCCCUGUAAUGGCCACAGUGGGGGGGCGCUGCCCUCUUCCAACGUGGGACACCUGACUGCUGGGCAACACCUGACUGCUGGGCAACACCUGACUGCUGGGCAACACCUGACUGCUGGGCAACACCUGACUGCUGGGCAACACCUGACUGCAGGGCAACACCUGACUGCAGGGCAACACCUGACUGCAGGGCAACACCUGACUGCAGGGCAACACCUGACUGCAGGGCAACACCUGACUGCAGGGCAACACCUGACUGCAGGGCAACACCUGACUGCAGGGCAACACCUGACUGCAGGGCAACACCUGACUGCUGGGCAACACCUGACUGCAGGGCAACACCUGACUGCAGGGCAACACCUGACUGCAGGGCAACACUUGACUGCAGGGCAACACUUGACUGCAGGGCAACACUUGACUGCAGGGCAACACCUGACUGCUGGGCAACACCUGACUGCUGGGCAACACCUGACUGCUGGCGCCUGCAGGGACCAGGCGUGUAAAGGACAUAAGCUGUCUAACGGGGCGGGGGGGUUGUGUCACCCCCCUUCGGAGCUGGAGGAGGGAGAGGACGAGGACUCUAGUUCUGAGAGGAGCUCCUGUGCUUCCUCCUCAAACAACCAGAAGGAUGGGAAGUACUGUGACUGCUGCUACUGUGAGUUCUUCGGACACAACGCGCCCCCGGCGGCUCCGACCAGCCGUAACUACACAGAGAUCCGAGAGAAGCUCCGGUCCCGUCUGACGCGUCGGAAGGAGGAGUGUCUUCCCCAGAGACGGGACUCUGACCCGGCCGUGUCCACCUCCAUCGACCACCGAGACGUGGACGAGCUGCUGGACUUCAUCAACUCCUCAGAGCACAAACCAGCCAACAGCGCUAAGGCUGCCAAGCGGGCACGCCAUAAACAGAAGAAGAAGCCCAGUGAGGACCCAGACCACCUCAGCCUGGAGGAGGAGGAGGAUUUGGAUGGGGAGUACGGUGAGGGCCCGGAGGCUAGUCGGCUGCUGGAGUGGCCCCAGCUGGAACUAGAGAGGGUCAACUCCUUCCUGACUUCUCGGCUAGAGGAGAUCAAGAACACCAUCAAGGACUCUAUCCGUGCGUCGUUCUCCAUGUACGACCUCAACCUGGAUGUGAAUGACUUCCCGAAGAAGGCUGCUACUCUGGAGGGCAACCAUCUUCUCUCCCACCUCAACGGCUCCUCAUGCUCUGACCUGCAGCAGAUAGACCUCGACCUGGCCCCUCUCUCCCUGGGUACUUUCAAGAGCCAUCUGGACCUGGUCAGCGGCUGGGAGGAGGCCCAUCCCCGGGACAACUCCCCCAUCGGCCCCAUCUCAACCCCUGCUAGUACUACUGUACCUGGGGUAGGGGGACCAGGGGUUGGUACUGGGGGGAAGGAUGUUCACAGGCUCCACACCACCCCCAGCCUCUCCAAGCUGAUCCGGGUGCGCUCCCCAGAGAGGUGCCCCUCUGCUAGGCCUGAGAAUAAACACCAGGCCCCUGCGUCGAUCCAGACUCAGGCCUCUAUUAAGGUAGCUAAGCCUAAAGAGGAGACCCCAGCGGAGCCCAAGAACAUUACUACUCCUACUCCUGGGGCUGGUAAGAACAUUACUACUCCUACUCCUGGGGUUAAUGCUGGGGCUGGUAAGAACAUGACUACUCCUACUCCUGGGGCUGGCAAGCUGAAGAAGGUCAAGAAGCAGCAACGUCAGGACCAGCUGCCUCCAGAACAGAACCAGAUCAGACCCGGAUCCAAAGCAGCUGCAGAGUCGCAGAAAACUGGUUUCAGCAGUUCUGAUGCUGUUGGUUCUAAGGCUGGUUCUGGUUCCAAACCACCACCUCACUCAGCUGAGAGCCAGAGAACCGGGGCAAGGAGGGCGGAGGAGACCAGACCCACCCGGCAGACGGCCACCAACGGGACAGCGAGUAGCUCCGGUGCUCCCAGCACCCAAAGAGGGAAGGGGGAGGAGCAAGAGGCCAAAGGUCACUCUGCCACCUCAACCAAUCACAACCAAGCCCAGCAGCAGCAGCAACCCAAGGGGAAGAAUAAGAAGAACAAGAACAAGGGAGAGAAAACCAGCCGGAACAUCGACGAUGUGUUCCUCCCUAAAGACGUGGACCCAAAAGAAAUGGAUGAGAUUGAUCGUGAGGUGGAAUACUUCAAAAGGUUUUGCCUUGACUCUGCUAAACAGACCCGCCAGAAGGUUGCAGUAAACUGGUCCAACUUUACCCUCAAAUAGGUUCCUUCCAACGCAGCCCAGUAACUGAUGGGUUCUAGAAUGCAGAACCCCUCCCCUCUCCCCCUAACGUGACUAUGUCCAUACAACCCCGACGGCCUGAGGCCUUCUCUCAUUCCCACUCUUCCUCUUCUUCCUCACCAAGCCAAGGAACCCUGGUGCAACACCAUUUUCCAUUGGUCAGGACUGCGAUGCUAUUGGCUGACAGCCAGGGAUCAUUCUCACACACGGGCCCAACUGAGGACUCGACUCUUUGCUGUUUCACAACGAGGGAGAUGAGGGAUCCAGGUUGAGACACAGACGGGUGUUGGUUCUCCGUCUGUCAGAUCAGAUCUACUGUGUACUUCACUAUGUAGUAUGGAAAACAGUUACCUUUUUACAAUAAAAAUGUGUUUUUAUUGUAA